UUCAUUCAAUCCAAUGUAAAUUAUCUCAGUAUAUAGAACUCUCCGAAGCUCAUAAAUCUCUCUUUCUCAAACCACCAUUAAUUAUCAAUUCAGAAGAAGAAGACGAAGAAUUCUGUCAAUGGAUCCUUGCCCAUUUGUUCGUUUAAUUGUGGAGUCAUUGGCUCUUAAACUCCCUUCCGCCACCAAGUCGGCGGGUCCGAGAGUCCACCCAUCCACCACGCCAUGCUAUGCGAAGCUCAAAAUGAAAAACUUUCCAUCACAAACAGCCCUCCUCCCACUCUGUACAUCAGCCACCAAUGACCCGCCGGAUUCCUCCACCUCCGCCGAAGGCUUCCACCUCGACCCCGACGCCCUCCGACGACUCUCAUGCAAGCGUAUUACUCUCAAAAUCUCCCUCUUCGCCGGCCGAAUGGGACGCACUUGUGGUGUCACUUCCGGUAAGCACUUGGGCUCCGUUCAGGUUUUGAUCGACCUUGGUAACGCACAGUCGAGGUGCGUCGUGUACCAUAACGGCUGGAUGAAACUCGGCGGGAACGGGAGAGAGCAGGAUAAGUCGGUGGCGAGGCUGCAUUUCACCGUCCGGUCUGAACCGGAUCCUCGGUUCGUGUUCCAAUUCGGAGGUGAACCGCAGUGCAGCCCUGUGGUUUUUCAGAUUCAAGGGAACAUAAGCCAGCCGGUUUUCAGCUGCAAGUUUAGCGCCGAUCGGAACAACAGGUCACGGUCUCUCCCUCCAGAUUUCAACAGCAAUAAUAAAAGAUGGAUGAUGAGAACCUUUUCGGGUGAUAGAGACAAACCGGGAAGAGAGCGAAAGGGUUGGAUGAUAAUAAUUUACGAUCUAUCCGGUUCACCCGUUGCAGCAGCCUCUAUGAUCACACCAUUUGUCCCGUCCCCGGGCUCUAAUCGCGUUUCACGAUCAAACCCUGGUGCGUGGCUCAUUCUCCGGCCUAAUGGCGACUCGGUUAGUAGCUGGAAGCCUUGGGGUCGUCUUGAGGCUUGGCGCGAAAGAGGGCCGGUCGAUGGCUUAGGUUACAAAUUCGAGCUUGUAACCGACAACGGCCUAACUAGUGGAAUCCCCAUUGCCGAAGGCACGAUGAGCGUUAAAAAGGGUGGGAAU